UCUCAUUGUUUGUUUACAUCAGAUGGAGGCGUCGCGACCCGCGAACUCUCGCACUUUUACUCUCGACACACACCAUGGAGCAACAGAGCAGAACACCAGGCAGAAACGGGCGAGACGUUACUCACUUUCUCAGUGUAUACAUGUCAGACGAAAUUACGCCCAAGAUUGAGCCGGCUGACAACAUGAGGUCAGAUGACCCGCUGGAGAUUGCUGAAGAGGACACGGAACAAACAGAGCAAACCACAAUGAGUUGCCCGUGUUCAGGAUGUGGGGAGGAGGUGGAGGAACAACAGGAGGCCCUCUCCUGCGACGUUUGCAAGACAUGGCGACACAGAGUGUGUGGCUCGGGCAUGAGUCGCCCCAUUUAUCGUAGCAUUGCAGUCUUCUUCAAGACGGGGGGCAAGUUUCAGUGGGUGUGUCCCUGCUGUGCCGACCCUGCCAUGUCAUCACAGGAAGGGAACAAACGCAGUGGCUUGUUGGUGGCUGGUGGUCAGCCCAGUAAUGUUCAGCAAAUGGAAAGUGUUAAAAAUUCAUCUUCAACCACUACUUUUAGUGCUGUCCAGCCAAUCAACCCUAAUAAUAAAAAAUCCUCCAAAUCCUCCACUUCUGAGGAGCCUAUUAUAAUCAAAUAUCCACAAGAGCAAUCAAUAAAGCAGAAUAUUGUCUCUGAUUAUUCCACACCUAAGGAACUGCCUAUGGAUUCCACAUGUAAGCAGCCCAUCAAUCAUGCUGGAAUAGUUAUCGAGUCAUCCCUCUCUGAGGAGUGCACUCCAAGCAGGCUUCCACAUAAGCAGACAGUUAGGUGGGCAGUUGUUGCCAAUGGUACCAAGCAAGGGAAACCCAAACUUUAUAACAGUCAAGGAUACACCUACACGGUGCGACGGACUAAAGAUUCGGUGACGUAUUGGUGGUGCUCAUCGAGGCAGUCUAGUAGCAAGUGUCCAUCCAUAGUAACACAAAGGGGCACAGUCUUUAGGCUUGGUUCAUUAAGCCAUAACCACCCUUGCGAGUCGACGACCUUGCUCUCGUCUCUUAUUAAUGUUGACAAGUUAAAGAUGUUCAUAGAGGACAUCAAGUCCCCUGCUGCUAUGGUGGAGGACACGAUGCACUCUCGGUCGAUGACGAGCUCAUUAUCGAGUGAUUCUAUUCUAGCUAAGCUUCAUCAGGAACAGACAUUGAGGUGGGAAAUUGACCCUAGUGGUUCCAGACGAGGCAGACCAAAACUAUUCAACAGUAAGGGAUACACCUACACAGUGAGACUGGUGACAGAGUGCGCUACAUACUGGUGGUGUUCCUUGAGACGGAAGGGGUACAGAUGUCCGGCCACUGUAACACAGAGAGGCUCAGUUUUCAAGCCCGGCAAGGUGGACCACAACCACCAAUCAGCCUUGUUGUCGACUAAGACCCGUGUAGAAGAGUUGAAAGAGCACACUGGAGACUUGACCAAGUCAUCUGCUGUUGUGGGAAAAGAUAUGAUGGAUGAUCCUACAACAGCUAUUCCUCUUCCCAAGAAUCAAAUUCGAACUAAGCUGUCACAAGAUCAGUUAGUAAAGCAGGCAGAUGUACCCAAAAGUACCAAGCGCAAGCGACGGAAGCCAGCUGAUAAAAUGCCUCCGUAUGUUUUCUUUAGUACUGGCCAGGAUAUUGAUAAUACUGAAAAUAUCAUUGAGGUCCCCCAAUCUGAUGAAACCAUUCAAGACAAGCUGCCACAAGAACAAAUACUUCGUUGGCAAAUUGUGCCCAAUGGUUCUAAUAGACACAGACCAAAACUGUACAACAAUCAGGGAUAUGCCUACACAGUGCGACGAGCGACAGAAUCAGCGACAUAUUGGUGGUGCUCUAUCAGGCAAAAAGUUAAGAGAUGUCCGGCCACUGUAGUACAGACAGGCAGCGUGUUUAAGCCCGGCGUGAUGAACCACAACCACUUUCCUACCUUGAAUCUGAGUCGUGCAGAAGCAUUCAAAGAGCAUUCUGUGGACAUAACCAAAUCACCAGCUGUUGUGGUGCAGGAUGUGAUGCCAACUUUGUCAUCAGAUAUUUAUUUCCCCAAAGACUCUGUUGCAGUCAAGACCCCAGAGUCUCAGCCUGUGAAGCGGGAAAUUGUGUCUAGUUGUUCAAAGUGCAAGCGAUUGAAGUCUGUUCACAACGGAUUCUCAAACAUUAAUUCUAACAUUUAUGAUCCUGUCUGUGAUAAUGGAGUGGUCAUUGAGUCAUCUGACGACCACAUUCCAAGUAAGUUGUCACAAAGUCAGCCAGAAAAAGUGAUCUUUUACCUUAAUGAUGGUCAGCCAAAGGAACAUACUGAGACAAUCAUGGAGUUGUCGCCCUCAGAAGACCCAAGCCCAGUCAAGCUGCCGCACGACCUGCCACUUGGACACGAAGCUGUCUCCAAAGUAUUGAGAUGCAAGCAACAAAAGCCUAGUGAUAAGCUUUGCUCAGACCUUUUCUUCACCAUUGACCAGCCUAUGAACAGUUCUGGAAGUGACAUUGAAGCCUCCCACUCUGAGGACGCCAUUCCAUCCAAGGAGACACAAGAGCAGACAAUAAAGUGGCAAGUUGUGCCCAAUGGUUCCAAGCAAAACAAACCCAAACUGUACAACAGUCAGGGAUACACCUAUACAGUGCAACAGGCAACAAAGUUGGUGACUCAAUGGUGCUGCUCAUUGAUGAAGGAAGGUAACAGAUGUCCCGCAACUGUGACGCAGAGAGGAACCGUCUUCACUCCUGGCCAAAUAAAGCACAACCAUGAACCUUUAUCACCGUCUACUAAGAUCCACAUGGAAGAGGUCAAGGAAUGCUCAGGGAACAUGUCCAGGUCACCUACUAUUGUUCCACAACGCUCUAUUACUCUCUCCAAGGAGCCAGCCAGCCUGCCACAAGGUCAGUCGGUACUGCAGGCAGUUGUCACUAAAGGUUCCAAGAGCAGGCGACAGAGGCGUGCUGAUAAAAUGCCCCCAAGCUUGUUCUUCAAUGCUGACCAGUCUGUUGAUAAUGCUGUAACUAUCAUUGAGUCUUCCCACCCUAAUGAACCCAUAUCAGUUAAGCUACCACAAGAGCAAACAUUAAGAUGGCAAGUUGUACCCAAUGGCUCCAAGCGAAACAAGCCAAAACUGUUCAACAGUCGGGGAUACAGCUAUACAAUGCGUCGUGUGUCAAAAUCUGUAACGUACUGGUGGUGCUCCAAAAGGCAGAAAGGCAAUAGAUGUUUUGCCACUGUAAGACAGAGGGGUACAGAUUUCAAGCCUGGCAAAAUGGAUCACAACCACCACGCUACCAUACUGUCGACUAAGACCCGUGUAAAAGAGCUGAGAGAGCGUACAGGCGACACAAUCAAGUCGGCUACUGUUGUAUUUAAGGACAUAAUACACACUCCAUCAAUAGUUACUUCACCCUCGAAGGACUCUGUCCCAGUGUGUCAGCUGGUAAAGCAGGAGGAACCUGUACAGGAGGGUUCAAAGUGCAAGUGCCUGAAGUGUCCUGAUAAAAUAUCAUCAAACUUGAACUCUAACAUUGACCAGUCUGUUGACCAUGCUGAGAUUGUCAUCGAGUCAUCCUCCGAGGACCGCUUUCCAACCAAGCCGUCACAGUCUCAGCCGGUAAAGGUGAUCUUUUACUUUGACGAUGAUGACGGACAGCCCGUAAAGGACGACGGAACAAUCAUUGAGUCGUCACUUUCAGAUGAUUCCUUACCAGGUAAUCUGCCAUUACAUAAGACAAUAAAGCAGGAAGAUGACUCUAUUGAGUUCAAGUGCAAGCACCAGAAGCCUAGUGAUGAAGUGGCCUCAAACUUUUAUUCUAACAUUUACCAGCCUGUCGACCAUACUGAAACAGUUGUUGAAUCCUCUCUCUCUGAAGCCUUCAGUCCUACUCAACUGGAUGAAGAACAACCAGUUAGAUGGGAAAUCAUCCCCAAUGGUACCAAGAGAGGCAAACCAAAGUUAUACAACAGUCAGGGAUACGCCUACACGUUGCGAAAGAAAGGAAAGUCGGCGACGUACUGGUGGUGCUGCUUAAGACAGAAGGGUAAGAGAUGCCCGGCCACAGCAAUGCAGAGGGGCACCACCUUCAAAUGUGGCCUGUCAAACCACAACCACCCAGGUGAUCCGGCUGCCUUGUUAUCGACUCGGAUCCGUGUAGAAGUAUUCAAGAGGUGUGCUGAGGAAGUUGCCAAAUCAGCUGCUGCCUUAGUAAGGGAUGUGAUGCAAGCUCAAACAGCUGACUCUACCACACUACCAAAACCAGCAAACAUUGCUAGAGCAGCAAACAGGAAGAGAAAAAGUUGGAAGCCUGUUUGUAUUGUUUAGUUAGAUUCUGAGCUUUGUACAAAGCAAUCAUCACUGCUUGUAAUAGCUAACAAAAAUUAUAAUGUAUAAUAAGAUCUAAACUAAAAAAUAAUUUCUGCAAAUAUUGUGAAUAGGUUUUAAUUAUGCAUUUGGAAGAAGGACCGUAGAGAAUUGCCAAAGAGUUCAUGGUACACUGAUGCCAGUUUCCUAAUGACUGAAACUAUUUACCAGAAGUGGCAUUCAUUUAGUGCACUAAUGCUACACCUGGAGUGUUGACAUGUAUGAGGUGGUGUUGCCACACCCGAGGUGGUGGUGGUGUAUCUGAGGUGGUGUCACAACCAGGGAGCUCAUUCUACAUCAAAGAUGGUGAUGCACUCGAUUGUGUCAGCUGCUAGCAACACAUGCCCCUCUUGGGUCUGGUGACAGCGGGCCGCUUCAAGCAACAGCCGGGUGGUUCAAGCUCUCACAAGUCAAGCCUGGCCUCGGACCAGGCUUCGGGAGUAAAACUACUCCCAGAACCCCAUCAAGCAGGUAUCAUAAAGUAUACACGACAAAGCUAUACUGGUGAAGUACAACAGGUCCAGUAACAACAAGCACCACUACUAUAUACUGGUGAAGUACAACAGGUCCAGUAACAACAAGCACCACUACUAUAUACUGGUGAAGUACAACAGGUCCAGUAACAUCAAGCAAGCACUACUAUAUACUGGUGAAGUACAACAGGUCCAGUAACAUCAAGCAAGCACUACUAUAUACUGGUGAAGUACAACAGGUCCAGUAACAUCAAGCACCACUACUAUAUACUGGUGAAGUACAACAGGUCCAGUAACAUCAAGCACCACUACUAUAUACUGGUGAAGUACAACAGGUCCAGUAACAUCAAGCACCACUACUAUAUACUGGUGAAGUACAACAGGUCCAGUAACAUCAAGCACCACUACUAUAUACUGGUGAAGUACAACAGGUCCAGUAACAUCAAGCACCACUACUAUAUACUGGUGAAGUACAACAGGUCCAGUAACAUCAAGCACCACUACUAUAUACUGGUGAAGUACAACAGGUCCAGUAACAUCAAGCAAGCACUACUAUAUACUGGUGAAGUCCAACAGGUCCAGUAACAUCAAGCACCACUACUAUAUACUGGUGAAGUCCAACAGGUCCAGUAACAUCAAGCAAGCACUACUAUAUACUGGUGAAGUACAACAGGUCCAGUAACAUCAAGCACCACUACUAUAUACUGGUGAAGUACAACAGGUCCAGUAACAUCAAGCACCACUACUAUAUACUGGUGAAGUACAACAGGUCCAGUAACAUCAAGCACCACUACUAUAUACUGGUGAAGUGUUAUGGAGAAGAGGACAAUUUGCAGGUUAGUGAGCCUUGACUGUUGUGCCUGCGAGAGUAAGGGUGACGGACGAUGUCCUUGACAUUAAGGCACGCUCCGCAAGGGUGAGCUCGUAGACCAGUUCGCAGACACUCGGUCAUACAAUGCAGCCUCCAUGUUGAUACAACAGUGCAUGAUAGUACUGCAGCGAGCUAAGACACGACUCCAUAACUACUACCCACCAGAUACAUCCAUGUUGCCAGUACUUGCCAGUACACACACCCGGGGUGUUCAACAGUGGUCAAGAUGGAGCAGUGUUGCCAGUACUUGCCAGUACACACACCCGGGGUGUUCAACAGUGGUCAAGAUGGAGCAGUGUUGCCAAUACUUGCCAGUACACACACCCGGGGUGUUCAACAGUGGUCAAGAUGGAGCAGUGUUGCCAAUACUUGCCAGUACACACACCCGGGGUGUUCAACAGUGGUCAAGAUGGAGCAGUGUUGCCAAUACUUGCCAGUACACACACCCGGGGUGUUCAACAGUGGUCAAGAUGGAGCAGUGUUGCCAGUACUUGCCAGUACACACACCCGGGGUGUUCAACAGUGGUCAAGAUGGAGCAGUGUUGCCAAUACUUGCCAGUACACACACCCGGGGUGUUCAACAGUGGUCAAGAUGGAGCAGUGUUGCCAAUACUUGCCAGUACACACACCCGGGGUGUUCAACAGUGGUCAAGAUGGAGCAGUGUUGCCAAUACUUGCCAGUACACACACCCGGGGUGUUCAACAGUGGUCAAGAUGGAGCAGUGUUGCCAAUACUUGCCAGUACACACACCCGGGGUGUUCAACAGUGGUCAAGAUGGAGCAGUGUUGCCAAUACUUGCCAGUACACACACCCGGGGUGUUCAACAGUGGUCAAGAUGGAGCAGUGUUGCCAAUACUUGCCAGUACACACACCCGGGGUGUUCAACAGUGGUCAAGAUGGAGCAGUGUUGCCAGUACUUGCCAGUACACACACCCAGGGUGUUCAACAGUGGUCAAGAUGGAGCAGUGUUGCCAAUACUUGCCAGUACACACACCCAGGGUGUUCAACAGUGGUCAAGAUGGAGCAGUGUUGCCAGUACACACACCCGGGGUGUUCAACAGUGGUCAAGAUGGAGCAGUGUUGCCAGUACACACACCUGGGGUGUUCAACAGUGGUCAAGAUGGAGCAGUGUUGCCAGUACUUGCCAGUACACACACCCGGGGUGUUCAACAGUGGUCAAGAUGGAGCAGUGUUGCCAGUACACACACCCGGGGUGUUCAACAGUGGUCAAGAUGGAGCAGUGUUGCCAGUACACACACCCAGGGUGUUCAACAGUGGUCAAGAUGGAGCAGUGUUGCCAGUACACACACCCGGGGUGUUCAACAGUGGUCAAGAUGGAGCAGUGUUGCCAGUACACACACCCGGGAUGUUCAACAGUGGUCAAGAUGGAGCAGUGUUGCCAGUACACACACCCGGGAUGUUCAACAGUGGUCAAGAUGGAGCAGUGUUGCCAGUACACACACCCGGGAUGUUCAACAGUGGUCAAGAUGGAGCAGUGUUGCCAGUACUUGCCAAGAGAUAUUGACUGUAACAUAAACAUUGCUAAUGUGGCUGUCGGCACAAAUGUUACGUGUAGAGGAGCCGGAGAGGAAGUCAUUUGGGCAGUUGUGUACUCACCUAGUUGUGCUUGCAGGGGGUUGAGCUCUGGCAGUUUGAUCCCACCUCUCAAUUGUCAGUCAACUGGUGUACAGACUCCUGAGCCUCCUGUGCGUGUGUGUGCAAUAUUCCUGUGUGCGUGUGUGUGUGUGUGUACCAUUCCUGUGUGCCAGCCAUCAUAGUAGUGUAGGCUAGCAGAGAAGGCAACUGUCAGGAGAAAGUGCCAAGUCAUUAUAAGUAUAUGGCACUUGGAAAGACUAGGAGAGAGAAGUAUGCCAUUAACUCAUUGCACAAGAUCAUACUGGCCUGUUUUCCUACUGAAUUUUGUAUACAUAUUUAGAAGUUGGGCCAAGAAAUGAUACACCAGGGUCGAAAUGUCAGUUAAACAUUUUCAGUAGUGGUAAUGACAUCAGAUUAAGUACUGUUUGAUCAGAGUAGUAAUUGGAUGGGUUUUAUGUGCAUUCAGCCUUGUCUUCAGCCUUGCCUUCAGCUGGGGAACUCUCAAUAAAACAAUGAAAGGCUUCUGGCCUCCGACAACGUUCGCCUACACACAUAAGACGUGGGCCAUUGUCGGGAGAGAAAGCCCGGCUUCUUACUUUCUGUUAGGUGAACAGAGGCAUGUGGUGACUGGAAAGAUCCAAACAUGUUAGACCUGCUGUGGGUAUUGAACUCGGGACUUGUUGGUAGUGAGCCACCUGCUCUCACCAUGUUAUGUCACUGGCAUGUAUUGUAUUCAUGUGACUUUGUAAUAUAAUAAAACAUUAUAUUUUAUAAACUAUAA